ACAGGAAUAGAAAGUGAUAAAGGUUGUAAUGACACAUGUACAGUCGCUAUUUCAUACUGUACUCUGAAGAGAUUGGCCUUUACCUAACUUCAUCUGAGGAAGAGGAUGACCCAGCAGGGACCAACAGCAGCUAUGGAGGAAAGACUCAGCUGUCCCAUCUGCUUUGAGUUCUUCCAGGACCCAGUGAGUCUGAAAUGUCAACACAGCUCCUGCCGCAGCUGCCUGGAAACACCAACAAGAAUUCAACAAAAGCAGCGCGAGUGCCCAGUCUGCAGGGGAAGGAAUUCCAUAGACAAUAUCCAGCCCGCAAUGUCUAAUAUGAAACUGAGGAACAUAGUGGAGGCCUACCUGCAGGGAGAAAAGAAGAAGGGGAGUGGGGGGAGAGCAGUGGGUCUUGUGGUGUGCGCCAGACAUAAUAAGAAGCUCAGGUUUUUCUGUGAGGAAUGUGAGGAACUUGUUUGUGCUGUGUGUGUGGAGACCGAGCGGCAUGCCAAGCAUAAACACCAGCCGGUGAAGGAGGAAGCGCAAUGGCGUAAGAGGGAAAUCACUUCAUUGAUCUACAACCUUCCUGAGAAACUGGAACUGGACAUAAAGCAAGCGAGAGCCACAAGAAAGUGUGCAGCACAAUACAUCAAGACCCAGGCCCAAACCACAGCAGGACAGAUCAAGAGUGAGUUUGCAAACCUCCACCAGUUCCUGAGAGUUGAGGAGGAGGCCAGACUGGCAGCUUUGAAACAGGAGGAAGGGAUGAAGACAGGGUUACUGACCGAGAGGAUCGCCCGUCUUGCCAGCAACAUGACCUCACUCCCAGGGAGGAUCUCAGACAUACAGACCAAGAUGAAGACCGAUGACAUCUCAUUUCUACAGAUGUACAAGGACUUGAAAGACAGGGCCAAGUAUACAUUGGAGGAUCCAGAGCCUGUAUCGGGGGCACUGAUAGACGUGGCCCAACACUUGGGAAACCUGAGGUUCAAGGUCUGGAAGAAAAUGCAAGAGAUGGUGCAAUACACCCCUGUGACCCUGGAUGUGAAUUCAGCUCACCCUGAUCUACUGAUCUCUGGGGUCCUCCUGGAGGUGAGUGACAGACAAUCGUCCCAGCCUGUGCCUGAUAACGCGGAGCGAUUCGACAGCUCAGUGAGCGUGCUGGGCUCUGAAGGCUUCUACUCAGGCAUUCACAGCUGGGAGGUGGAGGUGGGGCUUAAGAAGGCCUGGACCCUGGGAGUGGCCAAAGAGGGUGUGGCCAGGAAGGGCAAUGUGAUGGUCAGCCCAGAGGGUGGGAUCUGGGCGAUGGGGCUGUGGAACGGGGAGGAGUAUAGCGCUGGAACCUCCCCCCUGGGUACCCCUUUGGUCCUGAGUAGGAAACCCCAGAAUGUCAGGGUCAAGUUGGACUAUGAGAAAGGAGAGCUGUCCUUCUAUGACUCCAGUGACAUGUCACUCAUCUAUAUGUUCGAACAGAGGUUCACAGAGAGACUGUUCCCCUACUUCUCUCCCUGCCUUAACACCGAUGGCACUAACCCUGGAGUACUGAGUAUCUGCCCUGAGAAGGUGUUUGUGACUGUGACACCUGCUCACUAAGGAUAUUUUCUGGUGAUACUACUUUACGAUCCCUCACCGAAGUGUCUGUCUUGGUAAAGUCUGUCACAGUGACUCUAGUGGUGACAGUGAUGUCUGCGACACCAAUGUGUAUUCCGAAACUUUGUCUGGGGCACUUUCCUGUUAAUUAAUUUAUUGAGAGAAUGUGUCAUGAAUUCCCUACUUUUUGGUGGUAUGUUCAAUAAAAUUACAGUUAGAAAAAAAGAGUUCCAAAAGGGUUCCCUUUUUGGUUCCAGGUAAAACUAUUUCGGGUUCCAUGUAGAACCUUUUGUGGAAAAGGUUCUAGAUUAAAUCUAAAAGGGUUUUACCUGGAACCAAAAGAGGUUCUUCAAAGGGCUUUCCUAUAGGGACAGCUGAAGAACCUUUUUGGUUCUAGAUAACACCUUUUUUCGAAGAAUGUACAGUUGUGGCCAAAAGUUUUGAGAAUGACACACAUAUUAAUUUCCACAAGGUUUGCUGCUUCAGUGUCUAGAUAUUUUUGUCAGAUGUUACUAUGGAAUACUGAAGUAUAAUUACAAGCAUUUCAUAAGUGUCAAAGGCUUUUAUUGUUGAUGCAAAGAGUCAAUAUUUGCAGUGUUGACCCUUCUUUUUCAAGACCUCUGUAAUCCACCCUGGCAUGCUGUCAAUUAACUUCUGGGCCACAUCUUGACUGAUGGCAGCCCAUUCUUGCAUAAUCAAUGCUUGGAGUUUGUCAGAAUUUGUGGGGUUUUGUUUGUCCACCCGCCUCUUGAGGAUUGACCACAAGUUCUCAAUGGGAUUAAGGCCUGGGGAGUUUCCUGGCUAUGGCCCCAAAAUAUCAAUGUUUUGUUCCCCGAGCCACUUAGAUAUCACUUUUGCCUCAUGGCAAGGUGCUCCAUCAUGCUGGAAAGGGCAUUGCUCGUCACCAAACUGUUCCUGGAUGGUUGGGAGAAGUUGCUCUCUGAAGAUUUGUUGGUACCAUUCUUUAUUCAUGGCUGUGUUCUAAGGCAAAAUUGUGAGUGAGCCCACUCCCUUGGCUGAGAAGCAACCCAACACAUGAAUGGUCUCAGGAUGCUUUACUGUUGGCAAGACACAGGACUGAUGGUAGCGCUCACCUUGUCUUCUCCGGACAAGCUUUUUUCCGGAUGCCCCAAACAAUUAGAACAGGGAUUCAUCAGAGAAAAUGACUACCCCAGUCCUCAGCAGUUCAAUCCCUGUACCUUUUGCAGAAUAUCAGUCUGUCCCUGAUGUUUUUCCUGGAGAGAAGUGGCUUUUUUGCUGCCCUUCUUGACACCAGGCCAUCCUCCAAAAGUUUUCGCCUCACUGUGCAUAGAGAAUGCACUCACACCUGUCUGCUGCCAUUCCUGAGCAAGCUCUGUACUAGUGGUGCCCCGAUCCCGCAGCUGAAUCAACUUUCGGAGAUGGUCCUGGCGCUUGCUGGACUUUCUUGGGUGCCCUGAAGCCUUCAUCACAACAAUUGAACCGCUCUCCUUGAAGUUCUUGAUGAUCUGAUAAAUGGUUGAUUUAGGUGCAAUCUUACUGGCAGCAAUAUCCUUGCCUGUGAAGCCCUUUUUGUGCAAAGCAAUGAUGACGGCACGUGUUUCCUAGCAGGUAACCAUGUUUGACAGAAGAAGAACAAUCAUUCCAAGCACCAUCCUCCCUUUGAAGGUUCCAGUCUGUUAUUUGAACUCAAUCAGCAUGACAGAUUGAUCUCCAGCCUUGUCCUCAUCUACACUCACACCUGUGUUAACGAGAGAAUCACUGACAUGAUGUCAGCUGGUCCUUUUGUGGCAGGGCAGAAAUGCAGUAGAAAUGUUUUUGGGGGAUUCAGUUAAUUUGCAUGUCAAAGAGGGACUUUGCAAUUCAUCUGAUCACUCUUCAUAACAUAACAUGGAGUAUAUGCAAAUUGCCAUCACACAAACUGAGGCAGCAGACUUCGUGAAAUUAAUAUUUGCGUCAUUCUCAAAACUUUUGGCCACGACUGUAGUGUAUGAUACAUACAUUCAGCAAAUGUUCAAACCCCUUGACUUUUUCUACAUUUUGCUUACGUUAAGUCUUUAUUCAAAAAUUUAUGAAAAAAAUGUCCUCAUCAAUCUACACACAUACCCCACAAUGACAAACAGGUUUUUAGAAAAAUCUGAAAUACCUUUUUACAUAAGUAUUCAGACCCUUUGCUAUGAGACUCGAAAUGGAGCUAAGGUGCAUCCUGCUUCCAUUGAUCAUCCUUGAGAUGUCUCAUCAAUUUGAUUGGAGCAGCUGUGGUAAAUUCUAUUGAUUGGAUAUUAUUUGGAAAGGCACAAAUCUGUCUAUAUAAGGUCUCACAGUUGACAGUGCAUGUCAGAGCAAAAACCAAGCCAUGAGGUCGAAGGAAUUGUCUGUAGCGUGCAGAGACAGAAUUGUGUCAAGGUACAGAUCUGGGGAAGGGUACCAAAAAAUGUCUACAGCAUUGAAGGUCCCCAAGAGCACAGUGGCCUCCAUCAUUCUUAAAUGGAAGAAGUUUGGAACCACCAGUAUUCUUCCUGGAGCUGGCCACCUGGCCAAACUGAACAAUCGGGGGAGAAGGGCCUUUGUCAGGGAGGUGAUUAAGAACCCGAUAGUCACUCUGACAGAGCUCCAGAGUUCCUCUAUGGAGAUGGGAGACACUUCCAGAAGGACAACCAUCUCUGCAGCACUCCACCAAUCAGGCCUUCAUGGUACAGUGACCAGACGGAAGGCAGUUCUCAGUAAAAUGUACAUGAUAGCCCACUUGGAGUUUCCCGAAAGGCACCUAAAAGACUCUCAGACCAUGAGAAACAAGGUUCUCUGUCUACGGUUUAACAAGAAUGGUGCGACAAACAAAAAAACAUCCAACAGACGACCACACUAGGUUCCACUCCUAUCAUCUAAAAACAAGAAGAAGCAGCUCCAGUGGGCACAUGAUCACCAACUCUGGACAGUUUAGUAGGGGAAAAACAUUGCCUGGUCUGGCUUUCUUGUUGAUGGCAGAGUCAAGAUUUGGCGUAAGCAGCAUGAGUCGAUGGCCCCAUCCUGCCUGGUGUCAACGGUACAGGCUGGUGGUGGUGGUGUACUGGUGUGGGGAAUGUUUUCCUGGUACACGUUAGGUCUCUUGAUACCAAUUUAGCAACGUUUGAAUGCCACACCUUGAAGAAUCCAUUCCCCGAACACUCUGUUCUGGAGGCAAAGGGGGGUCCGACCCAGUAGUAGAUGGGUGUACCUAGUAAACUGACCACUGAGAGUACAUCUUUACCAUGGUGUUCCAAAUUAAACACGUUACUUUUAAAACGUUAUAAGCAUGAUAUCUUAUUCAGUAAUUCACAGUUCAACAUGCUCUUCUGUUACUUGCUAGAGAGCACAGCUACAAAAGACAAUAUAAGGAGAAUAAACAAAUGGGGGUGGAUCGGCUGGAUCAUCUCAAUUUAAACGUUAGUGAAGUUCUUGGGAACAGCAGGAAUGUGGAUGAUCCAAUAAAAUGGUCUGUUCUGAUUAAACAGAACGGUCUGGAAUAGUGUGCUGUUAUGCAGCUUUUUGAUACAUUACAUGACCAAAAGUAUGUGAACAACUGCUCGUCAAACAUCUCAUUUAAAAAUCAUGGGCAUUAAUAUGGAGUUGGUCCCCCCUUUGCUGCUAAAACAGCCUCCACUCUUCUUGGAAGGCUUUCCACUAGAUGUUGGAAUAAGAGCUUUAGUGAGGUCAGAAAUUCAUCCAAAGGUGUUCGAUGGGGUUAAGGUCAGGGCUCUGUGCAGGCCAGUCAAGUUUUCCCACACCGAUCUCGACAAGCCAUUUCUGUAUU